CCGAGACCCAGACCCGCCCCCGUUUUCCUCCUCCCUCGUCUCCCCUCCUCCUCCCUUCCCUUCCCUUCCCUUGCCUUCCCCGCACGCACGCCCUACCCUACGCGAUCGCGACCUCGAUUCGGGACCCCCUCCGGCGACGAUUCCUCGGCGGCGGCGGCGGCGCUUAUUCUCCGGCCACGACGACGAGGCGCUGGCGGGCGGAUUGGUGGUCGCUCCGUGGCGGCGCUGUCAAUGCGGGUGGCUCUGACUGACCCCGACCCCGGCCGGUGGUUGCCUUGCGCCGAUGGGGGACGCCUGCGGCCCGCCCGGGCUGCGGAAAUCUGACGCCAACGCCCACGACGACGCGCCUCCGGCGGUGACACGCCGGCCAUCGACCCCGCGGCGGCACCCAUCUCCGAAUGCCGGCGCACCCGCCACCCCGAGGCGGCACCCCUCGCCGAAUGCCGCUACGGGGGUGGCUGGGUCGCAGGCGAAGAGGCCCCAGUCCAGCGACCGGCGGUCCGGGAGCCCGGCGAGGCCGGCCUCCGGCGGUGGCUCCAGGGCGGCCGCGCCGUCCAGGAUCUCCGCCCCGACGUCGCCGCCCUCCAGUCCGUCCUCGUCCUCCUCCAGCUCCUCCACGCCCGUGCGCGACGCCGUCUCCGACACGCAGAGCGCCCCGAGGAGGCUGUCCGGCGGCGGCGGCCGGGCCCCCGACGGGCUGUGGCCGUCAAUGCGGAGCCUCUCCUCCUCGCUCCAGCUCGAGUCCAGGGACCGGAGGGCCGCGGAUCAGGCCAGGGCGAGGGACGCGUCUGCGGCGGCCGACAGGAAGAGGAGCCCGAUGAGGGGGCGGAGCGGCGGCGGCGAGCAGCCGGAGAACCCGCACGCCAGGGUGAUUGACCACCACCGCUGGCCGGCCAUGAUGGGGGGCAGGGUGUCCGGCAGCGCCAUGUCGAGGAGCGUGGAUCUCACUGACAAGAUGCACAGGCUACGCGGCGGGGCUUCACCCAAGAGGACGGCAUCGAUUUCAUCCGCCGCAAGCGCCCUGUCAAGAAGCAUUGAUCUCGCCGACAAAAUCGACCGAUUGGUCUCCUCGUCGCGAGGGGAGGAGUCACCUAGAAGAUCAUCUGCUUCAAAUGGCUCAGCUGAUACAUCAAAAAGCAGCAUCACUGAUGGUAAAGAUGCCAGACCUGCAGCCAUGGCAGUUCCAUCGAGAGGGAUUAUUUCUCCUGUGAGAACAGCAAGGGCCCUGUCCAAGAGCAUGGAUCUUACUGAAAGAGAUUACAGUAUGCUCUCCUCGGCAGUUUCAUCGUCCUCAGUAUCAAGUGUGUCCAAUGCUACAUCGCAAACCACAAAGUCUUCUGAGAAACCAAAUGGCCGUGCUUCUUCCCCGGCCUCGUCACGGGGACGUUCACCUAGGACAUCAGCAGCAUCUGGUGGCAGCAUUGGUGCUAUAUCAAAAAACGCCGAUGUCCCUGGAAAAGAUAAGAGACCAGCUUCAUCUAGAGGGACUUCGCCAAGAAGGCCACUUGCUUCCGAUGGUGUUAAUGCUAUUGUCAAAAAUAUGGAUUUUGCGGAAAAGGAUAGCAGAAGAGUCAUCUCCUCGGUUCCAUCUCGAGCGGUAUCUUCCCCAAGGAGAAGACAGGCCUCUGAUGGUAUUGAUGUUAUGCGAAGAAGCGCAGAUUUUUCUGAAAAAGAUAACAGACCAUCCACAUCAUCUUCACUGCGUGGGGUUUCUCCGCGAAGAAGGCUUGGUUCUGAUGGUUUCAGUGGUAUAUCAAAAGGGGUGGAUUGUGUUGAUAAAGCUAGCACACCAUCCACCUCAUCAGCGGCAUCGCGAGGUGUUGCACCAAGAACUCAAGUGAUAUCUGAUUGUGUUGGUACUACAUCAAAGGGCAAGGAUUCUGCUGAUAAAGAUAAUAGACCAUCAACCUCAUAUGCUGCAUCACGAGGUAUGUCACCACGAAGAAGGCUUGCAUCUGAUGGUCUUAGCUCCAUUUCAAGUAACAUCAACUUCGCUGAAAAGGAUGGCAGAAUCGUGGCCUCUUCAGUCGCACAUCGAGGGAUCUCAACAAUAAGGCGUCUUGCGUCUGAUGGUGUUGAUAUUAUAUCAAAGAGUACGGAUAGUCCUGAGAAAGAUGUCAGACCCUCCACUUCGGCCGGUUCAAGAGGUCUUUCGCCAAGAAGACCUGUCUCUGAUGGUGUCAAUGUUAUACCCAAGCGCAUGGAUCUUUCUGAAAAAGAUACCAGACCUGCCACCUUGUCAGCUGCAUCACGGGGAGUUUCACCAAGAAGAAGACUCGCCUCUGAUAAUGUAGAAGCAAUAUCAAAGAGCUCAGAUUCUGUUGAAAAAGAAACAAGAUCAUCCGCUUCGUCGGUGGCAUCACGAGGGGUUUCACCAAGAAGAAGACUUGCCUCUGAUAAUGUAGAAGCAAUAUCAAAGAGCUCAGAUUUUGUUGAAAAAGAAACAAGACCAUCCACUUCAUCAAUGGCAUCACGAGGGGUUUCACCAAGAAGAAGACUCGCCUCUGAUAUUGUAGAUGGUAUAUCGAAGAGCUCAGAUUCUGUUGAAAAAGAAACAAGACCAUCCACUUCGUCAGUGGCAUCACGUGGGGUUUCACCAAGAAGAAGACUCACCUCUGAUAGUGUAGAAGCUACAUCAAAGAGCUCAGAUUUUGUUGAAAAAGAAACAAGAUCAUCCACUUCGUCGGUGGCAUCGCGAGGGGUUUCACCAAGAAGAAGACUCGCCUCUGAUAGUGUAGAAGCUAUAUCGAAGAGCUCAGAUUUUGCUGAAAAAGAAACAAGACCAUCCACUUCAUCAGUAGCAUUACGGGGGGUUUCACCAAGAAGAAGACUUUCCCCUGAUAGUGUAGAAGCUAUAUCGAAGGGCUCAGAUUUUGUUGAAAAAGAAACCAGAUCGUCCACUUCGUCAGUGGCAUCACGAGGGGUUUCACCAAGAAGACGACUUGCGUCGGAUGGUGCAAAUACUUUACUGAAGAGCACUGAUUUUUCUGGUAAAGACUACAGGCCAUCAACCUCGUCAGCUGCAUCACGAGGGACAUCACAAAGAAGCAGGGUUGCCUCUAAUUCCAUUGAUGCCCUGUCGAGAAGUAUGAAUUUUGCUGAUAAAGAGAGCAGACCCUCCACCUCAUCAGUAGCAUCACGUGGGACUCUACAGAGAGGCAUGCUUGCUUCUGGUAGCAUUGUGGAUCCUGUGGAUAAUGGUAGUGAACGAUCCACCUCAUCGGCUGCAUCUGGUGGGACUUCAGACAGUAGACUUGAUGGUACUGAUGCUCAAGUAGAAGCCAUCCAGUUUGCUGAGGAAGUUAAUUCAGUAACUCCAGAUGGCUGUAGUGAUGAUACUUCGGAAAGCACGUAUUCUGGUAAUGUAGGCACAGGUGCAUCAUCCUUGUCCAUUGCGGUGCAAGAUAGACAACCAAGCAGAUCUGUUUCUGAUGUCAGUGAGGAUAUGUCACAGAGUGUGGAUGCAACUCAAAAACAUAACAGAGCCAUCUCGGUAAAGGUUCCAUCUCGAGGAACUUCUCCAAGAAGGCGACUUGCAUCUGAUGGCAUUAAUACUAUGCUCAAAAGCAUGGAUUUUGCUGAGAAAGAUAAGAGACCCAUGACCAUGUCAGUAUCAUCACGUGGAAUGUCACCAAGAAGACCAGCAAGAGUGGACUCUGCUAAUAUAAUGUCAAAAAGCAUGGAUUUUUCUGAUAAAUGUAAUGGACAAAUAUCUUCAAUAAUUCCAUCACGAGCGGUUUCUACACGAAAAAUACUUGGACCGGAUGGUGCUAAUGCCAUGUCAAGAAGCGUGGAUCUGACUGAUAACAUCAGACAACCAGUCUCUUCAACAGUGCAACCAAGUAGAGUUUCACCAAGGAAGAUGCCUUCUGCGAGCUCAGGUUCUGCCAAUGGAAAUGGAAGUCAAGAGGAAAAUGCCAGUUCAAGUCCAGAUGCACCUUCAAAUAAUUCAGAAAGAUUUGCACCUCCAAAGCAGUUGGCAAGGACACUGUCUUCACCAUCACGUGGUCUACUACGUCCUUCAUCACCGACCAAGGCUUCAUCAACAUCAUCACUUGCCUCUAGGAGGUUGCCGAGCCCAUUGAGGAUUCGACCUUCAACACCUGUCUCACCAUGUAGUUCUGGUAGAUCCGAUUCUCCCUCUUCUCUUCUCAGCUACAUUGGUGAUGCAACAAGAGGAAAGAAGAGCCCAAGCCACAUGGAAGAUGCCCAUCAGUUGCGCCUCCUGUAUAAUAGGAACUUGCAAUGGCGUUUUACAAAUGCUUAUGUGGAUGAAAUGCUAUCAAUCCAGAAGAUGGGUGCCGAGACUAUGCUCUACAGUGUAUGGGAUAGUAAUUCAAGGAUGUCUGACUCUAUGGUUACGAAAAGGAGUUAUGUUGAAAGGCUGAGGCAAGAGGUCAAAUUGGGAAUAGUGUUGAAACAACAAAUGGACUACCUCGACCACUGGGCAGAGUUGCAAACAGAUCAUUCUACUUCUUUGUCCGGUGCAAUUGAAGCUCUUAGAGCAAGUACAUUGCGCCUUCCAGUUACAGGAGGAGCAAAGGCUGAUGUACUUACUGUUAAGAAUGCUGUCAGUUCAGCAGUUGACAUUAUGCAAGCAAUGGGCUCUUCUGUUUGCAACUUGCUAUCGAAGUUAGAGGCUACACACUCUCUCGUUACAGAACUCUCAGCUGUUGCUGCUAAAGAGAGCACUACCCUUAAUGAGUACAGAGAACUCUUGGGUACAGCGGCAGCACUGCAGGUCCACGAGUCCAGCCUAAGGACACAACUCAUGCAAGAAACAGAGUGAACAACUUAAUCCCUUGUAUGUCUAACUAAGAAGAUAGAGGUAACCACACCAUUCAUUAGUUCUCUGUAACCGUAACGUGAAUAUGUGUAUCUUCAGUUUGUUCCCCACCCCCCUUUCUUUUUCUUCCCCUUUGUUAGGUACCCCCAAAUUUCUCUUUCUUUUUUCAUUUCUACCUCCCAUGCCCUUUUCUAUUUGUACAACCUGCAUGGAAGAGGAAGUGCAGCAAGCAAAAUCAUGGAUUCACCAUGACGACGGACCUGUCAGUGUUAUUUUGUAUAGCAGCUCACAAACUGAGGAUGUCGAGGUUCCGGAAACCUUAAAGCCUGUUGUAAAUUAUAGCAGCUCCUCUGCCUUUUGUCGUUGUAACU